ACAGGAUGGCAUUGAGCCCAUGUGGGAGGAUGAACGGAACAAGCAAGGUGGGCGUUGGCUGAUCACGCUCAACAAGCAGCAGAGGAGACAAGACCUGGACCGCUUCUGGCUAGAAACACUUCUCUGCCUUGUUGGGGAGGCUUUCGAUGACUAUAGUGAUGAAGUGUGUGGCGCAGUAGUCAAUAUUCGCACUAAAGGAGACAAAAUCGCCAUCUGGACAGCAGACUUUGACAACAGGGAAGCCAUAACACACAUAGGGAGAGUCUAUAAGGAGCGGUUGGGAAUCCCCAUGAAGAUGACCAUUGGCUACCAGUCCCACUCUGACACCGCCACAAAGAGCGGCUCCACCACCAAAAACAAGUUUGUUGUCUGAAAAUGAACCGUGUGCCUUGUUUUGUCUACUUUUCAUUGUGGGUAGGUUUUGUUUACUUAACUGCAAUGGCUGCGUGACAAAAUCUGGGAAAAACUCAUGACUAUAUACCAAAGCUUCUACAGAAACAGCCCUAGACCUGUGAACACAGGAAAAACUUUAUUAACGGGACACACUACUUUCUCUGGAACACCCCCCCCCCACACACACACCUGCCAAUGCUAUUAAUCCACAUGUCAUAGCCACACAGGUGAACAUGCAAACCUCAAAAUGCAAAUGAAGACUGUUCAUAGUAGAUGUUCUGAGUGCUCUUAUAAAGAAAAUUAUUUUGUUGAUUUAUUUAAUGGCAGGGAAUUCAUUUGGAAUGCAAAAAUAAAACAAUUCUCAGUGCCCUUGUAUACAGCAUUGUAAUUGCUGUAAUCCUUAAUGAUGUUAUACUUUUUUAAUUUAUUAUACCAAUUUGCUUUUUAGCAUUUUGUUUUACUUGUUCUGUGCUAUGGCCUUAAAGGUGAUUUGUUUUUUGUAAUUUUUUUUUUUUUUGCAACCAGAUCUCUUAUUGUUUUUUAUGUUAAAUUACAUGUUAUAGAAUAUCCUUUUUUAUGAUUUCACUUGUUUUUGAGAAACUUACCCCAACCAGCAAAUCACUUCUUCAUCCUUGUUGUGUAGUUUAGGGGCCCUUCUAUAACAUGCCAUUUACAUCAAAAAUAGGGAUUUGGUUGUAAAAAAAAAAAAACUUCUCCUUUAAACCUCAAGCGCAUGUAAUCAAGCCUUUCUGAUAAUUUCAUGACUCAAUUAGUCUUUGUUAACUACAUGAUUAAAACUUUUUGGUUUUGCAAUUCGGUAGAAGCUGUUUUUAUAUUAUGGAAUACUUUUUGCAACUUGUAAUUUGUACAUUCCUUGUUAGAAAUGGUUUGAUAUUUGACUUACAGUGAUGCUGUAUUGCAAUAUAUACAUUUAUUAGUGAUUGGUUUUGAGCUUCUGCCUGCAAUGGAAACACAGCACUAAUGAGUCUUUAAAUAAAGUUUUUCUGUGACUUCAGAUCAUUUUUAAUGAUAUAAUAUGGGCCUAAUAAUAUUAUAUCGUAUAUGCCAUUUCAACCCCAGGAAACAAUCUAAUUUUCUAUGCCACUUGUAUUGCCAUAGCUAGUUGUUCUGUCCCUGUCACCCCUAGAGACUUAAUGUAGAGCUGAAUAAUGUAUAAAGCAAUAUUAUAGUAGCUACAUCUACAGUAUAUCACCUGUUGUGGCAUUUCAUGAAAGCCUACAACAAUGACAGCCCGUGACAAUGUCAUGACACCAAAUUAUAACGCUCAAAUACAUGAAAGUAUGAGUUGCCAUUAUGCCAGGCAUGUUUCAUUCUUUUGGCCAAACACAAGUGCUACCAGUUACUUUCAUAACUGCUGUUCAACAUUUGUACAUUAUGAAAUGCAUUUGGGUAUUUUAUUACCAAUUCAUAAAUAAACUGAGCUUUGCACUUCA